UUGAGUUCCAUACCUUCUACUUCAAACAAUCAGUUGUGUAAACCCGAAGCUUGCUGUUACUUCGAAAAAACAUUCGCGCAAGAAAUGAUGACGUCAUUUUACUCUUUCAUGUUUGUCCUGACCUACUGGCUAGUGACGUUAUCAGCUCAAGCACAAUCCUAUGUGGCGGAAGGAUAUUUUCUUGUUGACGACAAAGUAGUGCAGAGCUAUUUGGCUGCUAUACCAGAGACGUUAACUAAGGAUGUCAGAAGAGCUAAAGCCAUAGAAGAGUUAAACAAGGACAUUGACUACGUGAUUAAUGAGAUAAAUCAACUAUUUAGCUCUGUUCUAACCAAUGGACUCACUUUGGAAAUUAGAGUCAGGAAACUGGACGUACUGCCUGGAAAUAUUUUCCCCGCCAAUGCUACGCUGUCAACUGUACCAAGUGGCAUCUCCUCUGAUGUAGCUUUGAAAUUGUUCGACAAUUGGGUUCUGGCACAGAAUUUAUAUAACCUCACAAAGUUUGAUUUUGCUUUUCUGUUAACUGGAUUUGAUCUUUACGGGUCAGCUGGCUCUUUCACUGCUGGUUACGCCCAUGUUGGUAAAAUGUGUGAUCCGAAAUUAGCAACAGGAAUAGGCGAGUUUAGUAGGAACUACUUCACUGCACUGUCUACAGCCCAUGAAAUAGGACACAUACUUGGCUCAGAACAUGGUGGACCAGCGUCCACUAACAUUAUGUCCUCCCAGCUUGACCCUACGGACGCCAACCGAUGGUCCUUUUCCGGCUGCUCUGUUACUGACUUCAAGGAGUAUAUGGCUACCUUAAACCCAAACUGCCUUCUUACUACCGAUCCUGCCUCCACCAAGCCAACAUUAACUUAUGGGUCCUAUACUGGUCAAAUUCUUGACCCUGAAGCCAUUUGCCAAAGAACACUGAAUAACUCGAAGUCCUAUAUGUGCAAAACGUGGGGCUUCUACAAUGACAACCCACCAAGCGGUGACAAAGUAUGCUCAGAGAUAUACUGUUCCAUCCCUGGUACUCAGUACUGCUCUAGUGCUUUCUCAUCAGAAGGCAUGGUUUGUGACGCGGCUAUGAGAUGUAAAUCUGGAAAAUGUCUCCCUGAUUCAAGUGCACCAACCAAUAUAGACUCCAAAUGUGUUUACGGCGACCAAAAAAUUCUGGAAAUUCAGUCCCAAGGUUUCUAUAACACCUGUCAAGUGUUUUUGUCUAAAAACAGUCCAAGUGUCUGCUACCAGUCUUCCAUUAAUCAGAGGUGUUGCAGCAGCUGUAAGCAGUACUAUACAGGGCGUACAGGGUGUGAAUACGGAGACAGAUCAGUAGAUUGCACUAAGUACAGUAAAGACUCAAUAUGUCCCAACUAUAAGGACACUCUUUGCUGUGGCUACUGCGCUGGCUAUGUAGGAAAGCGUUCAAACUUACCAGGUGAUAUCGACCUAGUGGCAAAUGCACCCGAGUUAAGUCUACCUCCUAACGUAACGGACACAUUCUACGCAAUGAGCUACCACGGUCAAGUUCGUGGACAAGAGUAGUUCAAGGAACUAUUGUAAAAUGUGCCGCUGUCUUAAUAAGAACAAAAUAGUGAUUUACUGAUUAGUUUGUGUUUUUAAAUGAACAUUCCAAUUCAAUCUACAUUAAAUGUCUCUCUUAUUUGAAAACCAAAGCGUAU